AUGGAAGAGAUUGAGGUAAAGAAAAACCAUCUUGAUUCUCCUAUAAAAAAGCCUAUAACUCAUGAGGUGAGAUUAAAAGGAGGAGAUAGUAAUAAUUCAGAACUUGUGUUCUUUGUUGAAGAUCAUGAGAGGUUCAAACUUGAGGAUCUAUUAAGAGCUAAAGCUGAUUUGAGAAGUGAAAAUUUUUGGAGUAGUCUUUUCAAGGUGAAACUUGAGAAUAAUGUUGAAUAUGCUGUCAAAAGAUUGAAGAAUUUGAAAGUAUCUUGUGAUGAAUUUGGAGAAACAUUGAGGAAGAUAAGUAAAGUGAAACAUCAGAAUAUUCUCCCUCUUGUUGGUUAUCGUUCUACCGAUGAAGAAAAACUUAUCAUUUACAAAUAUCAAAGCAAUGGAAGUUUGCUCAAUCUUUUAAAUGAAAGAUAUUAUUGUGUUUUUGUAGAUUAUAUAGCAAGGAGAAAAGAUUUCCCAUGGAAACUUCGUCUCAAUAUAGCAUGCGGAAUCGCAAGGGGGUUAGCAUUCAUUUAUAAGAAGUUGGAUGAAGGGGAGGAAAAUAUUAUUCCUCAUGGAAACAUCAAGCUAUCAAAUAUCCUUCUAAAUGACAAAAAUGAAGCACUAAUAAGUGAACAUGGUUUAUCGAAAUUCUUUGAACCAAAUAGAGGUACUCCUCUCUUUUCCACUGAUGGAUACACAGCUCCUGAAAAAAGUUUAACCGAAAAAGGCGAUGUAUAUAGCUUCGGAGUGAUUCUACUAGAACUACUAACAGGACAAAGCAUAGAAGUUAGUAGAAUAGACCUUGUUAGAUGGGUGAGGUCAAUGGUGAGAGAAGAAUGGACAGGUGAAGUGUUUGACAAGGAAGUUAGAGAAAAUGAUCAUGAUCAAGGUGCAUUUUCAUUGUUGAAUAUUGCUCUCUUGUGUGUGUCACGUUCUCAACAAAAUAGGCCAAAUGUUGGAGAAAUUUUGAACACAAUUGAAGGAGUGAUGAAUGCACAUGAACAACAACAGAUGGAAAUUUCUGCUUCAAAAUGUUGUUCUAAUGGAACCAAUCAAGAAUGUUGUUCACUUCAUCAAAUCAUACCUGAUACAUGGGAUUCUCCUGGAUCAAAUUAUUGAUCUAAAUGAGAUUUGUUAAGUUUAUUAUUGUUUUGGCUUAAAUAUCAAGGUAUGAUUCCUUUGU